AAAGACACGGCCGGCCAUCAUCAGAUAGCUCUCGAUCACGCAUUUGACCUCAGCACAAAAGGAAAGAACUGAACAAACACUUUUUUUUGAGAAUAACACCUGUACAUCUUACUAUAUCAAGCUAUUUCUCCUUUCAAGCUUUCUGCCGAGCGCAAGACUAAACACACUUGGUCGCUGAAGUUUUAGAUUAAACGCUGCUUUGAAAUUUUAUUAUCCAUGUUUUAACCAAGAGCACAGAUGGGUCAAACGGAAAGCAAACGAUGCAGACUUUGUGGUACAAGACUGAAUCCCAAGAAAAAGCAGGAGAUGGAACAAUCACUGUGCCCUAGGUUAGUGUUCGAUCUUCGAAAGAUAUCUUAAGUUUAAAGAAAUUAGAAUCCAAUGGAAUAUUAACUAGGAUUUCAAAAAUAACUUGAACUGUAGCCAUUUCCUGAGUUAACGAUCACUUUUAUAUUUUUUACACAAACGUAAGUAGGUACCAAUUUGAAUGAUUUCAACUCAGCAAUUAUCCGAAUAUUCGGAUGAUUCCGGUUUUGAAUUUAUAUUGCAGGUAGAAGAUUCUCCAGUAGUUGUUUCAGACAGGAUCUUGCAAAAUUAAUUCGGUCUAGUUUUCGAAUAGCAAAGGGUUAUUUUAUGGCACCUUGUAUUUUAGGACUUAAACGGGGCAACCCUUUAUCUUUGUGGAUACCUGCCAGGAAAUUAGUGUUUCUCUAAAAGAGAGAAUCAGAAACAUUGCUUCUGUAUGAAUGUUUACUUUUGAAAAACUCGUGAAAUCACGGCACGUAUUAUCCUUCGAGUCCUUAGAUAAAUCAGCCUUCACAAAUGAUCGUGGCAUUUUUCUUUACAAUUUUUUUAACGAUCGAACACAUAUUUUAUCGUAAGUUUUUUUAUUUUGCUUUAAUUCAAAGUAUGAAACGGAAACUUCAUCUCUUUGUGUUGUGAAUAUUUAAUUACUUCUCUUCAGCAUAUUGUUAUGUAACGUAUUGUUCCUGUAAAUGAGUGUGAAUAAUAGAGAUUACAAAAAUAUAUAUAUAUAAACUUCUUUGUCAUCGUGAGAUAAUUGAACGUUCUUGCUCAGAAAACGCAAAACAAGACUUAUCGCAUUUCAAGUCGAUUAUUCGGUACUAUAUUCUUCCGGGUAUUUUUUUACUUUUCCUUUAAAUUAUUAAAAUCCUUACAAAAGAAGCAAAACAGCUGAGAGAUUCUUAUUUUGGCUAAUUCUAUUUGCCUUCAAUGUACAAAAGUGUACAAUAUUUCUGGCAUUUUUGUAGUGACUGUUUAAAGAUAAUGCUCGUAAUUUGAAUGUACUUGCAACCGGGGCAAAAGUUUACAAUUUCGUUUGAAUAAGGCUAUCUGCGACAGGCUAACUAAUUAAACGUCGCUUUGAGUCUAGGAGGAACACUACAUUUUAUUAGGUGUAUAACUGUGGUGACUUUUAACUUUAAUUGCGCAAGAAUUUCCCACUACUUCCGGUAAUUUGACCGGAAAUUAUGUUCCUGGAAAAGUCGCUUUCUCGCGAACUGGCCUUUUAAAUAGGUUUGUUGACUAUUGAAGGGAAGGGGGGGGCUUUCUUUAAUGAGGCCUACGAUAGUUUUAUUUUAUAUUUUAUUACCGAUUUAUAUCCUUUGUAUUUUGACUUUCGUGUUGUCGAAGAUGUAACAGCAACCUUAAAACAGUUUCUCUCAACCCACCGAUUAGCGAGAGCCUGCCGGGAGCCAAUUAUCAAAGCAAUGUGCAAACUCACCGAAACUUGAAAGUUAAUGACAGGUAGAUAGCUUGUUAAAGGAAUAAUGUAACAUAGAGCGUGUUAGAACAAUGUAGGCCUGCGUGGCAAGCGUUCGAAAGGGAAGAGAAAGCAGACUUUAGACGCGUGAGAAGCGUUAAGAGCUUGUUCUAGCCACGCAGGCUAGAACAAUGCUGAGUUGGUUUGUCUAGGGCUUAAAUUAAUUCUUUAAAUCAUUCCUGUUACCUUUUCAGUUGUAGAAAGAAGGGUACACAAGCUGUGUGGGAAAACAGGUCAGUCAUCAAGUCGUUCCUCUUUGGAGGAGGAUCAUCGGGAGGAGAGAAGAAAAGAAAAGAGAAAAGGAAGAAAAAGAAAGGAGGGAAACUGAAGAAAUUGAGAAAAUUAAGGAAGAAAAACAAAUGACUCGA